AUGGGCCCUGCGCCUAGACUGGGCAGAACAGUAGAGCUGGGCCUGGUGGUGAAGGCGCAGGUGAGCAACCCUAAGGACGUGAGAGCAGGAGAGCUGACCCUGCUCCUGUUGAAUGCUCAAAGAGAAACCAAUGGACCACCUGACCCCAAUGGACCACCUAACCCCGAUGGACCACCUAACCCCAAUGGACCACCUAACCCCGAUGGACCACCUAACCCCGAUGGACCACCUGACCCCAAUGGACCACCUAACCCUGAUGGACCACCUAACCCCGAUGGACCACCUAACCCCGAUGGACCACCUGGCCCCAAUGGACCACCUAACCCUGAUGGACCACCUAACCCCGAUGGACCACCUAACCCCGAUGGACCACCUAACCCCGAUGGACCACCUGACCCCAAUGGACCACCUAACCCUGAUGGACCACCUAACCCCGAUGGACCACCUAACCCCGAUGGACCACAUGGCCCCAAUGGACCACCUAACCCUGAUGGACCACCUAACCCCGAUGGACCACCUAACCCUGAUGGACCACCUAACCCCGAUGGACCACCUGACCCCGAUGGACCACCUGACCCCGAUGGACCACCUGACCCCGAUGGACCACCUGACCCCAAUGGACCACCUAACCCUGAUGGACCACCUGGCCCCAAUGGACCACCUGACCCCAAUGGACCACCUGACCCCAAUGGACCACCUGACCCCAAUGGACCACCUGACCCCGAUGGACCACCUGACCCCUACACACACUAA